AUGAAGGAUGUAAAUCUUUGGGAUUAUGGAAAAGUUAAGGUGUAUCUGUGGAAGACAGACAAAACAAGUGAUAAGUUGUUUCAUGAAAUAUGUAAUAAAGUAAGAAGCCUGUAUGAAAAAAUAAAUUAUGACGACUUGUUUCAUCACAUGUAUGGAUAUAUUAAACAUAUAAAUCAGAGUAAUAAUGAAUUAUUUCUAAGAAUUGAAUCUCCUAUAUGUACAUGUUCAGAUAACAAGAACAAGGAACAAGAGGAUGAAUACUUUUUUUCGAUUUUUAAAAAUGCAAAUUAUAUGAGAAGAAAUGGAGCUCUCUCCAUUAGCUACAUUGAUCUUUCUGACAAGUCCAUUCGUGUAGAUCCGUUGAAUUUUUUUUCGAAUGUUUUUAUAUCUAUUGGUAUUCAUGAGUUGCAUGAUGGAACAGCAGGAAGAUCUCUUGGCAAUGCGACCUAUACAAACACGCAAUCUAAUUACAAGGAGGGGAGUGCCGAUUGUGCUCUGCCGCUUCCCACUCGACAAGAAUUCUCUGGUGAAGAGGUGACUGGUUUGUCUCAUAUGAAGGAAAAUAUAAUCCAUUUGAUAAACACACACAAUCACAUAUAUUUUCAAAAUAGCUGUGUAUUCAUACAACGGGUUCUUGUCAUUCCCUCGUUCGAUAAGUAUGACGAUUUUAUCAUGUCACAGAUUAUGCAAAUAAAUGAAAGUUUUCUUUACUCCAGCAGAUCCGAACAGGUAGAUCCCGUUAUUGCUAGGAGCACUACAUCUGGUAGGAUGCCUGCAAAUGUGAGAGAAGAUGGAAUGGAAGCACAAGAGGAGACCAAGAAGGUAGAAGAGAAAACCAAGAAGGUAGAAGAGAAAACCAAGAAGGUAGAAGAGGAGACCAAAAAGGUAGAAGAGGAGACCAAGAAGGUAGAAGAGGAGACCAAAAAGGUAGAAGAGGAGACCAAAAAGGUAGAAGAGGAGACCAAAAAGGUAGAAGGGAAGAAUAAAAUAAAUGCAUAUGAUUACAUAAUGCAAGGGAAGUUCACACCCAUGAAUAAAUCACCGUAUUACUUCUCAGCUAAAGAAAAUAAUUCCAAAUGUAGGAAUUCAAAUGAUCGGGCUGUUACUUCAGAACAUGUGGUUCUUCCCUGUACCAAUUUGCAAGAAAAAGAGGAAAAAGUGGAUACUACUUCUUUUUUUGUAGAUUCUUCCCUUAAUGAACCUACGUUUUUUCACAAUGAUCUUUGUGGAUUGGAAGAAAAGGAUACUAGUUCUAAGAUGGAAAGGGAGAGGAAUAAUUCGGAAAGUUGUGUCGCUUAUUUUUCUUCCAAUCUUGUCACAGAAGGAAGAAGUGGAGAAAAAAGUGGAGAAAAGAGUGGCGAAAGAAGUGGAGAAAAAAGUGGCGAAAGAAGUGGAGAAAAAAGUGGCGAAAAAAGUGGAGAAAAAAGUGGCGAAAGAAGUGGAGAAAAAAGUGGAGAAAGAAGUAGCCAUGGGAAGACAGGAAACAUGAAGAGAAAAAAGUAUUCAUCUAAUUUUUUAAAAAUUUUCAAUAAAAAUAUUUCGAAGGAAUACAAAUCAGUGAAUGUGCAUUCGUCAAGUGGAGAGGGGGAUGAUGGAACAUCUGAUGAAUGCAUUUUUGAUAAUUGGAGUCAGGGGAGGAGAAGUGCAGAAAAUCACAUACAACUUAGUGUAGGGGAAGAUACAUCUAACAUAGAUGAAAAUGAAAAAGAUGUAAUAAAAACAACACAUCAGGAAUCCAUUUCUGUGACGUGUAAAAAUUAUCAUAAUUUUAAAAUAAUAAUCUUUUUACCAUCUGUGAAAAAGCAUUUUAACAUCCAGUAUAAUAAAUUCCUUCAAGCAGUUCUUCUGAACGCAUUUUACAUUUUCAUAUUUUUUUUGCAUGAUAUGUUGACAAAGGAAAGUAUGUGGAAAUACAUGCACGAACUUAUAGAAAAUCUGAAUUGUAAUGCACGUAGGAGGAGGGGUGCAAAAAUUGGUAGCGAAAGUGUCUUGGAAAGAAGAAGAAGAAGGAGGAAGAAGAAGAAGAGCCUGGGCCCAAAUGAAGAAUUCAGAGAAAGAUGUACAUUCGACACACCUCAUAGAAGUUAUGGGUGGUGGGGAGACAGCUCCAGUGAUUGGAGAAGUUAUAUAAAUAUAUUGAAUGGAGUGGUGGGACAUCCAGAUAAACAUCAUAAAGUGGAGAAAUUUGAUGAAUUGGAGAAGUUUGGAAAAUCGGAUACCUUCGAGAAAUUGGAGAAGUUUGGAAAAUAUAACGGGACGUUCUCUGUGCAGCGAAUAAAAGGAAGUUCGAGACGGAACCUGGAGUUGAAAAAAAGCCACAGCAGUAAGGACAUCACAAGUAAGGGAAUCUUGAACGGGCAAGGAAGCAAUCACGACAGAAGCAAUCACGACAGAAGCAAUCACGACAGAAGCAAUCACGACAGGAGCAAUCACGACAGAAGCAAUCACGACAGAAGCAAUCACGACAGAAGCAAUCACGACAAAAACAUCUACGCAAACAUUAAGAAAUACUACAAUGAUGUAAAGUCAAGCAUCUUGAGCAACACUAGCCAUGUCACAGCGAAGGGGGAUGGGUUCGUUUACGAGAGUAUUCCCCGUACUUCUAGAUGCAGUGCAUAUGAAGAAGGUAUGCGCAUGCAUAAAGGAAAUGCUCUCACUAUGGUAGAUGCAUUGGAUGAGAAAUCAGUAAAAGAAUCUGUCGUCCUGGAUAUGAGUGUGGAUGGAGGUAUCCAUACGGUUGGACGAGAGGAAGAAAGGGAGGGUACACUAAAAACAAGGCAACGUUUUGAUGAACCCAUAGAAUUGGGAGAAUUCAAUUCAGAGAAAUGUAGCCAUGGGAAUGCAGAAAAUAAAGAGAAACACACAAGGAGGGGAGAGAAUGGAAACGGCGACGAUGAAGAGGGUGACUAUAAAGAUAGUGCCGAUGAAGAUAGUGUCGAUGAAGACAGAGCCGAUGAAGACAGUGGUGAUGAAGACAGUGGUGAUGAAGACAGUGUCGAUGAAGACAGUGCCGAUGAAGACAGUGCCGAUGAAGACGGAGGCAAUGACAAUUAUCAACUUGAUCAUGGUGAGAACUAUGAUGAGGAACUUUCCUAUACCCAGGGCAAUGAUCAGGUGGAUGACGAGCUGGAUGAUUCUGAGGAAAGCAAUAGGGAGGAGGAGGAGACAUCGAAGAAGAGUGGAACACGUGAAGGAGAGAGUAGAAGAAAGGAUAGCAGAAAAGGAGACAAUCCGAAGGGACACAGGAGCGAACCGAAUAGACGAGAAUCUGAAAGGAAGAAAAGGGAAGGUGACAUAUUUCUUUUACUAGGAAGCCCAUUAGACUCGAUGGAGUUGUAUCUAGAGUGCCACGAGUUGAAUAAAAAACGAGAUCAUGAUGAUGAUUGUGAUAGUGACUGUGGUGGUGAUUGCUGUGGUUACAUCUAUGCGAUGGUCGAAGGGAAUAGCUUGUUCUGCAUAACACUAUCAAUGCACAUGUACACAAUCCAGAACUGGGGGCAUUUUUGCAAAUUAAAUAACAAUGAAAAAUAUUCCUUUCGAUUGGCUGAGAUAGUGGAGAAUUUAGUUAUCCAGACAUAUGAGAAAUUACUUCCUAGUAAGUACAUGAACUACACAAACUUUUUUUUCGACACAUCAUCAUAUAGUGGUUCUGUCAAAGAAAGAUCAUACAACCCGUAUCUUCAUAAUUCUCAUUUUUCUCUAUACAAUAUUGAUAAUACAAAUGAUUCUUCAGCAUUAUCUAAUGUGUCUAAAAAUAUAAAUUCAUUCAUUAAUGUUAUUAACGAUUAUGAGAGGGGAGAAGAAAAAGUAGAAGAAGAAGCAGAAGAAGAUCACUCGAUUCAUGAAUUUGAUGAAAAAUAUUUCUAUUUCUAUGACACUUGUAUAAAAACACACAACAUUGUGUUGUAUCUAACCUCAUUUAUUGAAUACAAACUUAGCGAGUGUUUAUCUGCUAUGAAAAAGGCAUAUAUUAACAUUCUCCAUACUAAAAGAUCAUCUCGUGAAAGUUGUCUCCUUGAGAACCGAUCAACUUGGUUAAACAAUGGAGAGUUUGAUCCGAUACAACAAAGCAUUACUACUGUGCAAGAACUGUUUUGUGAUUAUUUGAUGUGCUACUUGAAGUACUUCCUUGCCAUAAAGAAGAGAAGACAGAUUUUUAGUAUUGUAAGUAAGUACUCAUGCAUCAUAGAAAGAUUGAACUAUAGUUUGUAUAUCAGAUUUUAUAUGGAACUGUCUAAUAUAUAUAGAUACAUUGGUGCCUUCCGUAAGUUUUCUUUCGUAAUAUAUCUUUUAUGCAUAAAAUUCUUCACGAAUAGGAAAUUUUAUGUAACAUACAUGUUUUUGAACAGCAUUUUGCCGUUCUAUGGUCUUCCCUACAUCCACACAAAUUUAAAUGGAAAAAAAGUUGAAUCGUCUAAUAUGCACCAUACUGUUGGAUUGGGAACUUGUGGAAUCACUGUCACGAAUGACGAAGAGGGGGACGACCACUAUCCCUAUGAUUGUCUGAAUAAGAUAUUUCAAAACAAAUCGGAGCAAAUGAAUUUUCCAAUUCGUUGGCUCCAGAAGGCGGAGGCGAUUUCUCGCCUCAGAGUCAAUAGGAAACCAAAUGGGAGAUCAAAUGGAAUCACGAAUCGUAGUGCUAACCAAGAAAACAAAGACUACAACAUUUUAAACGGGUUCAAAACUGAGGAGACAAUCGAGAAGGGACCAACCGACACGUGCAUUGGUAGAGAGGUGAGUGAAAAUGAACCCAUAUCACUAAGGCCAGAAGCGGAGAAGACAACAUUGCAUGCAGGAGAGGCACACGAAAUGAGUGAAAGAAUGCAACAAGAUGUGUAUCUAUAUAAUACAUUUGAACACAUAUUGGAAUCAUCAAGUAAGCACAACUUGAAACAGAUGUUCGUUUUUUUCUUCAAAAAAAUGAGUAGUAAAAGCUUUUUCUGCCAAAAGAAGCAUGAAGAAAAAAUGAGCAUCUUUAAAAAAAAAAGAAGAAGAAGAAGACAAAAUUUUAAACUUCAAUAUGACAUUUUGACAUUCCUCAGUGAAGUUCUUAAAAGAAUAAAUAUGGAAUAUGAAUUCAUCGUUUGUAGUUUGCUUUUAUUAUUUUUUUUACAAAAAUUCUUAUCAAAAGAUAUGCAAAAAUAUAUUCUUUACAAUAUAUAUGAAAUUCUUAAUAAGACUAAGAAGUAUAUUUACUUCCCACCCUUUGUGUCCCUAGUCAUGGAUAAACAACACAAAAAAAAAAGGAAAACAUACAUUAAGAUGUUAAAUCAGGAAGGAAGCAUAAAGUUUCAUAAGAAAUGCCCUAGUCAUGGAUAUGAUACUGAAGCAAACUGUAUGUGUUGCAAUUCUUUUUUAUGGGAUAGCUCAUCAGAAGAGAAUUCUUCUGUUUAUGAUUAUUCCUCCUCAUGUAGUAGUAAUUAUACUGAAACCGAUUGUGAAUCUGAUAAUGGUGGUGACGUGAUAGGUAAGUAUGAGACAAAUGGAAGUUUUCAAACAAUGCAUAACUCUGUUAUUCCUGAUAAAUGGAAUAAGAAUAACAUUGCAGAUGUAGAUACAGGGUUUAAAUCUUACAAUGGAACAUUCCAAAAGAAAAGUUCAAAUGAAGAGAAAGGAAAGAAAAGAAAAGGUAGUAACAGAAGGAGAAAAUUGCCAACUUCUAAACGAUUGCACUUUCUCUGUGGAUUCACAGAAGGUAAAUGUGCACCUUCUCCUAUAUUAUUGAAUAUGGAAUAUGUAAAUGAUAAUCAAAAUAAUGAAAGAGUAUACAAAAAGAUGGAAUUUAAUAAUUGUAUGGAAAAAAAAGAAAGUAAAGAAGAUAUUUCAAGAGAAUAUCGAAACGUUUUUAAAUAUAAUCCAUUUAAUGAAGAAGAAAAAAAUAUAAAGUUACAAAAUAUGUGUGAUGUGAAUGAUGUGAGAAAUGUAGAAAUUACCUUAAAAAAUACACUUUCAACCAACUUGGUUUUAAAUAAUGUUAGUCUUAUUACUUCUGGAGUUCCGGUUGAGAAUUACCCUUCCAACGUUUUUCUCUUUUCCAAAAAAAAAAAACAUUUGACUAAAAUUCGUCUAUCUUUCAAAGCAAAAGAAACAGGAAUUCUUUUUCUUCUUGGAAUAUCAUAUUGCAUUAGUUACCUUCAUUUUACGCAGUACCUUUUUUACGACACUUCUGUUCUUAGAAAAUGUUUUAUGAACGAUAUUUUUUUUUUAUAUCGUCAUCUCGAAGAUAAUUCUGCUCAGGAAAAAAAAAAAAAAAAAAAAAAAAUGUACAAAAAUUAUGUACAUGUUCAGGUAGAAAGUGUAAAAAAGGAGGAACAACAACAUCAGCAUGAGCAUCCCAUGAUGGAUAAUUCUGACAUGAAAAAAUGUGAAAAGAAAGAAAAGGAAGAUUCUACAUGGGGUACAAGCGAUCAGAAAAAAAAUGCACUCUUAGGAGAUGAAGUCAAACCUUCUAACAACAUUGUUAAUGAGUGUGAAUUAGACAAAGUUAUGUUGCUGAACUAUGCAUUUAAAAUAUCAAGCACAUGUUCCAUCUUUAUUAUUGAAAAUUAUUUUUCUCUCAACUCAGAAAUCAAGCUAUAUAACUUCAGCAAAUAUGUCAAUGUACGGUCGAUGGUAUAUGAUAAUUCUUAUAUGGAUGAAUUUAUUGCAACUUCUUCAUCUUCCAUUGAAGGGAAGAGGAGGUUAAUUAGAGAUGGCUCUUGGUGGUGUAACAAUGAUUCUGAAGAAGAGAAAAAAUCGGAAGGGAAUCUCAUUCAAGAAUUGAACAAAGGAUUCAGUAAAGAAAAUGGAAGAAAUGUUGUUUACGUUCACUCUGAUUUGAAGGGUGACGUUCGCUCUGAUUUGAAGGAUGACGUUCACUCUGAUUUGAAGGAUGACGUUUACUCUGAUUUGAAGGAUAACGACCAACUGCGCCCCCUCGAUGGAGACAAAACUGAAAAGGUAGAAUCAAAUCCAAGAAUUUCCAAAACAGGUGAAGAGUGGAAAAACAACGAUAUAAGAGAUUCUACAUCUAUGUGUGAUAACAUGAAAGACGGAACUCUUCAGUACAUUCACAAUGAUGGUGUAAGAACUGAGACUAUUGGAAGAUGCAAAUCACAGGAAAGAUCCUUAGUGGAAACGCACAGGGGAGACACGUCCAAUUGGAAAGGUAUACAUAUAGGUGAAGAAAAAUCACUCAAGAGGUCAUCUUUGUCUAUAUCAUCUACAUCUGAAUCAUCCACUUCUCCAGCUUCGUCAGCUUUGUCAUCCUCGUCGGUUACUUCUUCCACAUGGUACGGAAGAAGACAAUUGGAAGGAGGUAAUAAGUCUGAGGUAGAACGGCUUAAAUCGUUUAAACAAUGUGGAAUGGCUAGACUUGGAGGUAGGGAAAACUUUGAUGAAAUGAAUGACAACUUGUACUUCUCAAGCGACGCAAGAUUCACAGAAAUGUUGGAAGGGGAAACUAGAUUUUUGUGUCUCGUGCUGGAAAAUAAAAGUAAUAAUGUUGACAUAAAUUACCUGAACGUUCAGGUAAAAUAUAAACAUAAAUUUCUUGGAGAUUAUUUUAUAAAAUUUUUUUUUAAUAAAUCGUUUUAUAUGAAACAGAAAUUUGGAAAUGAUAAUAAUGAAGAUGUAAUAAAAAUUAAAGAAGGAGAAUCAUUACAUAUUAAGAGAGGUCAUUUUUUGUAUAUACCUAUUAAAUGUAUUGGUUCUAUUAUGGUCAAUGAGUGUGAUAUACGUAUCAUGUAUUCUAGUGAAAAAAAUAGUGCAUAUUAUGCAGUGCAAAAAAUGAAAUUGCGAAUCAAUGUUCUUCGAAAUAUAUCUGUGGACAACGUUUUUUAUUUCCCUUACGUCAGUUUCAAUUAUAAUGAGAUAUUAACAGAAUUGCUGAAUUCCAAUUACUAUAACUCAAGUAUUGUCAAAAUGUUGGGUUCUUUAAAUAUUGCAAAAGGUCAUGAGAAAUGCAUGACAGGAGGUUAUUAUUAUCACAUGCCCAAUGCUGCAGAUAGUGUCAUUUGGCAUAUAAAUGAUUUAAGGAAAAGAAGAUUAAAGUAUAAAGAAAUUAAUGUAGAUAGUUAUUUUGAGUGGCAGUAUGGUGAGAAGAGCAGGAGGAGUGCAUCUCUCAGGGGAAGCAGACAGAUCACCCCAGGCCAAGUCAGUGUGGCAGUGAAUUCACGUGGCAAAAUUGAUCCCAUCUUGAAAGAGUUCACGUCCAACAGACCAGCGUGUAACGAACCAGCGUGUAGCGUGCGUUGUGAGGAAAUCAAACGUUUCUAUGAACCAAGAAAGAACCUUGUUAUCUGUAGCGAUAACAAGUACAUGUUUCUAGAAAUAUACAUUCGAAAUUUCAGUGGAUGUGUAAAUUAUUGCAAGGCAAGAAAGGCUGGAAGACGACCUACUUGUAUGGUUGAUACAGAUGUGAACAAGAACAAAUGGGUUCUAUGGGUGAAGAGGAUAAAAAGAAACAAGAAUCUAUGUUUUCAGAAUCAGGAAGAUGUAUUAAAAUAUUUUUUACUAUAUUUAGAUAUUCAUGUAUACUUGUCAUUUUCCACACAUAAUAAAUCUGGUAUUUUAAGUCUUUACAGCUCAUACCUCAAUCAUAUAUAUAUGUAUAAAAAGAAAAUGUGCAAUUUCUUUUUAAAUUUACAAAAGGAGAAGUUACAUUUAUUCAAUGGUCAAAGAAGCACGCAAAGUAUUUCAUCAUUUUUAAUGGAAGAUCAUGCAAGUUCAACUUCAUUAGUUAGAGGCAGAUCACGACCUCGCCAGCGAUUCUCGGAGCAUCUUAAUGCACCAAAGCGGGAGACAUUGCCCUGUCUAGGAGGGGACGAUAUGGUAAAAACUGAGGAAUCUGGACGAGUGGGAGAAGCGAGUACGACCUCUCGUUGCAUGUCUAAGCAAGGUCCCGCUGAAAAGAGAGAAAAAAGUGCAAGCUUAGGAAAGUUGCUGUUCAAAACCAAUUUGAUGAACGAUAUAUUUUAUCCUCCAAUAUUUAUAAUACCAAAAUUUUACAACUGCAAAAAAAAGAACAGUGUUAUCAUACCCAAGUGUUCUAAAAUACAGGAUUUUAAAAAUAUGAACGAAAUUGGAAUUAAAAAAAAAUAUUUCCAGUCCAAAGUUGGGGAAUUUUUUAUGGUUAAAAUAUUCUUGAAGAACCUAUCAGCACUUGACCUUGGCCAAUACACGCUUUUGAUAUAUCCAUCAAAUAUGAGUUGCAUAAAAAUUAGUGGAACUUUAAACAAAGAUGGCUUUCUGGUCUCUUCCACGAAGAAUAAAGAACGAGAUUCCCCUCAAUCAGAACUAGCCUAUACCUUUACCCAGGAAACAAAUAAUAAUACCUUUAACAGUUACGCAGAAAAGAUUAAAUUAAGACGAAAGAAAAAAUGUUACCUUUUGCACACCUUCCAUGUAUAUUCGUUAUUUCCAGGUAAGGUUUUAUUUUACGUAUGCAUAUAUUUGCACUCAUACCAUUCGCUCCUUUUCCACCACGAGCCCAUUUUGGUGACUGUUGUUUAG